UAGCUUAGCGCGAAGAACUCACGCACGAGGUAGCUCGCACGUCACCGUGUGCGUCCCUCAGGAGUAGCCGCAUGUUCCGUUUCGGGCCUCGUCGGCUACAAUAGAUCGGCCGGUGGCCGGUCGUCACCCAUGACGAAGCCGGCGCGUCGCUUCCGCAGGGUGACAUCCCAAGGAGCCUUCUAGGAAAACCUCGAGCCGGGGCUCCGGCCACUCUGCCAUGCACUGCUCGUGCCCUGCGUACCGCUAACCUUCUUGGUUGUUGGCGUCAUUCCAUACAUAAUAUGGUUGGUGCCAAUGGCCGGGAGCGAAGCUGGGACAUAUAUUCUAUCAUAUCCCGGAUCCUAAGAUCCUAGUAGUACGCGACGUCACCAAUGGAGGAAAUUGGACUCGCGUGCAGCGUGCUGGCCUUGAUUAAUCGGAUAAUCACAGCCCCUUUGCUCUUGUUAGCGGAGAGAUCGAUCCAUCGAUCCAUCUCGUCUAUAUAUAUAUAGCGCCGGACAAUCUGUAGCUUCGACGCCGCAAUUCAAGCAGUUAUACUACACUGUACAGUACACUUCUAUACACACGCGCGCGGGAAUUCAAUGGCGGUUGACUCCAUGGAAUUGGAAUCGGUGGCCUUGGUCGCGGUGCCUUUCCCGGCGCAGGGCCACCUGAACCAGCUCAUGCACCUCUCCCUGCUGGCCGCGGCGCGGGGGCUCUCCGUGCACUACGCGGCGCCCGCGGCGCACCUCCGGCAGGCGCGCUCGCGCCUGCACGGCUGGGACCCUCAGGCCCUCGGCUCCGUCCAGUUCCACGACCUCGGCGUCUCGGCGUUCGAGUCCCCGGCGCCCGACCCGGCCGCCCCGUGCCCCUUCCCGAACCACCUCAUGUCCAUGUGGCAGACCUUCACCACCGCCGCGCGCGCCCCGCUCGGCGCCCUCCUUGAGCGCCUCUCGGCCACCCACCGCCGCGUGGUCGUCGUGCACGACAGGCUCAACUCCUUCGCCGCCGUCGAGGCGGCGCGGCUGAGCAACGGCGAGUCGUUCGCGCUGCAGUGCGUGGCCAUCUCGUACAACAUCGGAUGGCUGGACGCUGAGCACCCGCUCCUGCGCGACAACGACCUCCAGUUCCACCCCAUCGACGCCUGCAUGUCCAAGGAGUUCCUGGAGUACGUCUUCCAGACGGAGAAGGAGAUGGAGGAGCAGGGGGGCGUGCCCACCGCCGGCAUGGUCAUGAACACGUGCCGCGCACUCGAGGGCGACUUCAUGGACGCCAUCGCGGCGCACCCGGUGUUCAAGGACCAGAAGCUCUUCGCGGUUGGGCCACUGAACCCGCUGCUGGACGCGACUGCCCGGACGCCGGCGAAGACGCGGCACGAGUGCAUGGAGUGGCUCGACAAGCAGCCGCCGGCGUCGGUGCUCUACGUGUCCUUCGGGACUACGUCGUCUCUCCUGGCAGAGCAAAUCGCGGAGCUGGCAGCGGCGCUCAAGGGCAGCAGGCAGAGGUUCAUCUGGGUAUUGCGCGAGGCCGACCGUGCCGACAUAUUCAAGGAGCCCGGCGAGAGCCUGCACGACAAGCUGCUCUCUGAGUUCACUGAAGAAACUGAGGGGACUGGGCUGGUGAUCACCGGGUGGGCGCCGCAGCUGGAGAUCCUGGCGCACGGCGCCACGGCGGCAUUCAUGAGCCACUGCGGCUGGAACUCGACAAUGGAGAGCCUGAGCCACGGCAAGCCGAUUCUGGCCUGGCCAAUGCACUCCGACCAGCCGUGGGACGCGGAGCUUCUCUGCAAGUACCUCAAGGCCGGGCUCCUGGUGAGGCCAUGGGAGAAGCACAGCGAGGUGCUACCGGCGGCGGCCAUCCAGGAGGUGAUCGAGGAGGCGAUGCUCACGGACAAAGGGAUGGCGGUGCGGCAGCGGGCGAAGGUGCUCGGCGAGGCCGUUCGCGCCGCCGUGGCCGACGGCGGCUCCUCGAGCAAAGGCCUGGACGACUUCGUUGCUUACGUCACAAGGUGAUCAUCGUAUCUGUGCAUGCCAUAGACAGAUACGCAUUGGGUGGUUUGGUCUGAUCGGAUGUGUUUGAAACUUUUGAAUUAUGCCUUCUACGAAAGCUGCAUUUCAGUA